UAGACAUGAACAAGUAUUUCUCAAAAUGGUUAUUGUUUUGCUGAUUUAAAUCUAAGUAUCUAAAAAAUGAAUUAAAACAUUUCCAUAGUGCGUUACACGUUAAACUCACUGUUAACCUAAACGGCAAGAUGAACGGCCACAUGAAAGAGGCUUUCAGCCGAAUGAAACCACUAUGUGAUUUAAUUAUGGUGAAUCCUUCACCAGAACAUGUAUCAACAUUUGCGGCAAUGGUUUGCGAAUUGAAAAAGGAUUUAUUGCAGGAACUACAACAGUAUAUGUUGUUCCCUUUCAUAACUCACAUACAGUCUAAAGAGAUUGUAGGAAAAUAUGAAUUACAAAGACUUUUAAUAGAUGGAAUGAAGGUUGUGCUACAAAGAGUUCGAAUAUUUAGUUUUGAAAUGUGUAUGAAAAUUGAAAUGGGACUGCUUGGUCUUGUAUUUGAAAAACCCAAGCCAGGAAUGAUUGCUGAUGUACCAGAGGAAUUGAAACUCAGUGUAAUUCAGUGCUUAACAAUAUUAAUGUUAAACGUAGAUCACCCUACAAGGGUCAAAUUGGUACAAACACAGGUGCCUAUGCUUGCCCAGGCCAUUUUUGUAUCUGUUCACUUGGCUAAACUAGAAAAACUUCGAGUUUUAAGGUUGGCUGCCAUAAACUGUCUUUGUGCACACACAGCUUCACAUCCGCAACUCACAGAUAAAGAUUGUCAUAUAACGGAUCCGGUGCUAGAAACAGCUGUUGUGAAUAUGAUGUCUUGCAUCUUGCCUGGAGUGAUGGCGGCUUUGCAGGAUGUGGCCACUUGUACCGAUAACCCGGGUCACGCUAUUGUUGUGGCGGCCCUAAACGCUACACAUCGUGUGCUCUGUCUCACAAUGCACAACAAACACUUGCCCAAGAAGGACGUCAUAACGGCCGACGACUUUGUCAGUAUGUUGUCAGAUAGGGCCAUGACAGACAAAGAUGUAAGCAGUAAGGGAUUGGCACCUAAAGAUAUACCAAAGCGUACACCAGAGUGGUACGCCAUGGCAGGUGAUAAGUUGACCAUGGUGGUCAAAAGUCUGGUGCCGCUCGUCACUCACGAGCACUACAAAGUCAGGAAAGAACUCGCAGUUCUCUGCUACAGGAUCGUUUCUGAGUGUAGCUCAACUAUGCAGCUCUCCUUAACAAUGGCGCUCGACGUUUUAAUAUCCUUGUCAAACGACCCGUACAAGGAAGUAUCGGAGUACGCAUCUAAUGCCAUAAACUCCUUCUUCAGCUCCCAAUCUGAAACGAGCAAGAUGGAGGCAAUCGAUAGUAUGUGCGAGAACUUUUUCACGACGCUCAACUGUUUGCCGAGAAUAUUGAAUAAUAUAGACUCGAACAGGAAGCUAUCUGCACUGUACCUGCUGCAAGGCUACCUUCGCGUACUGUGCGGUGGACGACCGCAGCGACUGACGGGUGCGCUCUGCGCCAGCGACGGGUACGACCGGCUGUGUGACGCGCUGCUGUGUGCUGCCUCGCACCACUCGCGACACGACCUGCUCGUGCGACACUCCACGCGCGACGUAUCCUCUCCUGCUCCCUUGGACGGUCCGUGGCGCCGCUUGCGACAUCUGGACACACGGGAGUGUGAAUUGAAGCUUCAGGAGGUUUGCCAGAAGUUAGGCGAGGCAGAAUGCGCCGAGCUAUUCCUCGACAGACUUUUGGAACUUUUCCACGAGAGACGAACCUGCGAACUCGUCUACGUCAUCAAUUUCGUCGGUUCAGCUCCAAACUCGUCGCCCAACUUGGCGAAACGCAUCAUAGCGGCGUACACGGAGGAGGACGUGUGGUACCAGCCGCUGGAGGUGGGCAGCGCAGACGCGCCGCUGGAGCCCGCAGACACGCUCGACGCCGACGUGUACAACCCGCGCGCCUGGACCAAGGACAGCGUGCCGGGUCUCUACGAAGGAGCAACAGAAAUUCGCUACACAGAUAUAAGCCUUUCUCAGCCGAGAAUCAAGCACGUGGAGCCUAACACGUGUGCUUCUCUCGCGGAGGCGCAGCGGAAUAUGGCCUUCUGCUGUCUCGUCACUGAGGGCCUGGGACUCAUGGCAAGGCGACUCAAACGGGACUAUCAACCAUACUUGCUGAAGACAUUAUGUCUGAUAUUGGAACGAGUCGGCAGUCAAUAUCAAUAUCUACAUGAAGCUGGCUUAAUGGCCAUCAACAGUGUCGCUUUCGCUUUCGACCACGAAAAGGUGGCGGACCUGAUUGCUGAAAAUGCGGAUUAUUUCACGAGUCAAAUCACAUCUCGGCUCAAAAGGGCCUGGAAUACUGAGUCAGCGCUGCAAAUACUGUCGGUCGUGAUGGAGUACAGCGACGAAAGUAUACUGGAUUGUCUGUAUGGAAUAGUUGAGGAUGUUCUGGUUCAGAGCUGCGACAAAUACUACGAAAAUUAUCUAUCUUCAUAUUUACAAGUUUUCGAAACUUUCAUAAAAUGCAUUAGAAAUUGGUUUCCCGACGAGACGAAACCUCAAACGGUUCAAGGAGUCGAUUUGGAAAUCGAUGUCAUAAAGGAAACCAUAGAUUUCGCAAACAAUACCGAGGAAGUGGAGAGAUUGAUGAACACGGAGGAGUUCGAGGCGCAGUCCGGUCGGAGCGUCGAGGAGAUGUACAAGGAAGACCUAAAGAGAAGGGAAGAGGACAUUUUGGACUAUGACGAUACCGUCGAAUACGGCAGCGAAGUCGACCCGCAGCACAUCCAGGUGACGGUGACGAUCCUGAAGCGCUGCGUGCACUUCGUGCCGUCGCAGCGCGACACGGCGCUGCAGGCGCUGCGCGUGCUGGCGGGCGGGCUGCCGGCGCUGCGCGCGCGGCCGCACGCGCUGCUGCCGCUGGCGCACGCGCUGUGGCCCGCGCUGGCGGCGCGCGUGCGCGGCGGCGCGCCGGCCGAGCUGCGCGCCGCGCUGCACGUGCUGCUGGCGCUGUCCGCGCUCGCCCGCGACUUCCUGCGCGCGCGCGCCGUGCGCGACGUGCUGCCGCACCUCUACCGGUAUCUGCGCCGGACGGCCAACGACAGCCAUCUCAAGGACACCGGCUCCGCCUACCGCCUGUCGCAGGCGUACUACUUGCAAGUGGCGAUCCUGACCUCGAUGUCGAACUUCGUGAUCGACCUGAUGCUGGACGGAGAGAAUCUCGACGACGCCAUGUCCUGCGCUCAAAUAUAUCUGUCGAAGAAUCAACCGAAGCCCUUGCAGAUGCUGGCUGUGAAAUUUUUCAAAGACAUUCUGAACUACAACUACGGCGCCGCCUGGAACCAUCUGCGCAAGCUCUGCGCGAACGACUGCGUCCUUCAACCGCCCCAUACCAAGUACAUCCGACUAGAGCCCGUCGUAGGAACGCCAUAUGAGACGAUCAACACUAACUACGACACCAAUGUUAAACUAAUAUUCUAUGUGCAUAAAUAAUUUAAAUAUCAUAAACUGUAGUUUGUUAUUGAUGAUAAGUGUCAUGGUAUUAAUUUAUAUGCGAUAUUAUUGAGCGAUUGAUGUGCUUCUAAACACUUUCCAUUCAAUGGUCGUCGCAUCUUGGCUGUUAUUAUGUAGAUUUCUGUUUUAUAUUCUAAUCUUUUUUUUACGAAUAUUAAGGACGAUCUCAUUAAAAAAUUACAUUCUAUCGAAGUACAUGCCAAAACGCAUAAUAAAUGUUUGAAACAUUGCGCAAAUGUAGAAUAGUGUUAGAUUAUUGUAAUUUCGAAUAAAAUUUAAGCUAAAUUUAAAUGAUAUCAUCGCUAUUAUUAUGAUCUACUAAAUGUGUAAGCGAUGGUUAGGUUCAUGUAAUGUGAAAUAAUAUUAAAAGUAUAUUGAUAUUGUGUGAGGCGAGGUGUUGAUAUCAAUUUCGUUUAAGGAUUACUCACGGUCUAUAAAAAGCCUAAAACCAGAUUCUAUUAAAAUAGUCAUCAUCCUAGUAUUUAUUAUAUAUGUAUAUAUUAUGAUAAGAUAUAUAUUUUUGAGAGGUGUGUAAAUAAAAGACGAUAUUGGCAGUAUGUAUU